AUAAUAGGGCAGACGACACUCACAGGGAGAACAUGAAAGUCUGUUGACUAUGCUGCCCAGAUUAAGAUGAAAUAUCACACUUUCCGAGACUGUCGACCCCUGACACCCAUCGAGGAGGGGGAGGGAGAUGAAGACGAGGAUGGGGAGCAUGCCCUUAGUGUGGGGCAAGACUCCUGCGAAGGCUCAGACCAGGGGUCCGUCUCACUAUCUCUGACCCCCUGCGACUCCACGAUGAGACCCUGGGGCGAGCUGAUGAGGGAUGGCACCCCACCCCUUGGGAAGUCAGUGUCCCUCACCCACACCCUCAACAGGAUCAUAGAUACGGCUACUAUCAAGGUUGUCGGGUUUGAAGAGAGUUUCGGGAGCCGCUUGAGCCAGGAGGCCCGGUCCCUCACGUGGAGCCUGUGCGAGGUGUACGGCAAGGCCCGGAUGGCCAUCGACCUGGUUGAGAAGGAGCUUCUCACCAGCAGACAAGAAAUGGAAAUCGCUCGACAAGCGUUCGAAGAUAUGGCCUCCGCCGAAAGUGAUCUUCAACAGUGUGUCCGUAAGGCGAGAAGUCUCACAGAGAUGGCAGUCGAAGACGUUGCAAGAUGGCGACGAGAAUACAGACGUGCCUUGGACGACAACGCCAGCCUGAAACUGAAGAUGAUUCGGUACCAGCUACACCACGACAUGAUGGAGAGCUCCUCUGUUGAAGUGUCCCACCAGAACCACAGCAUCAAGGCCUUUAUUAAUAUCUGUCGGGAGAAGGAGAAACAGUGCCAACGAUCCUCCAAGAAUGUGCGAUGUAUACCAAGGGGGAUAACCCUGGACAACCCCGUUAACGGCCGGAAAAGCUGCGCCCCGAGGAAGUACUGCCCGAAGGUGAAUUUGAGUCUCCCCAGGCCAGGGCAGUCCACACUUCAGGGUAUUCCCCCAGGCAACAGGAGAAAGAUAAAUACCCUGGAGAAGAGGACCGUAGAAAAAAAUACAUCCAUACUAUCUUGGAAUUCAAAUCAGGGUUCACAAGACGAAGAUGCGUCACCCACAGCAAGCCUCACUUUCCUAGCAGACACUCGCCCCUACCAACUCCACUACACGGGCAGCACAGCAGUCACGCCCGACAUAACAUUCCACCUUGGAGGGACCGCUCCCAUCAGCUCCCCCGAGUCUUCCGGAGACAGAGCUUCAGACGCCUUCCGGUUUACCUCAGUACCCCAGGGCCGAGGCAAAGAGGAUGUAGCUCCUCGUAGGAGGACAAGAUUUGAACCUGAUGUCCUCAUUGGGCUAAGACCUGGCGCACCAAGAAUAGACAGAACAUCUUCAGACACAUCUCAAGGUGGGAGGAGAGUUCACAUCACAUUUCAAGGAGAUGUCUCCGCAACACGGAAAGAAUCAAGUCGACAGUCAAGAGAAGAAGAUUCUAUGUUCCCUGAUACUGUAACCGCCUCAGUAGGUCCGUUAAGUUCUCCUACAACGUUGUGUGGACAUGCACAGGAUGAAAUGAAGACCGAAGUCUACACCACACCAUCCACGUGCAGGUAUAGCCCAAUCCCUGAUGUGGUGACGACAGAGUCUGUAUACAACCCCACAAUAAACGACAGGAAUCAUUGGCGUCAACACAGUGAUGUUGCAAUCGUGAAUAGAGACUAUAGUUUUCCUAGAGUCCACUAUUCGUAUUGUUCCAGUCGGUGCUUUUCUCCCGUUACUCCAUACAGGAGCUCAAAGCUGAAGAGAACCUCGAGUUGUGUUCAGGAAAGGUCCGUGUCCUGCGGUGCGGCGCACCACGAGUCCUGUACGGCAGGGAAUAUUGGUCAAUCCAAGAGUUGUGUAAGGGAGAGUGUCCUUCCGGUCGCCAAAGUUCAAAACUAUCCAUCAUUUCUGCCACCGAUACCAUGUCGCGUCCACCACCCCUGCCACAGUAAUCGAAAAGCUCCACCAUCACGUCAUGCCCGAUCAUUUGUCAUCAGAGAUAAGAAGAUUGUGUCCUCACUUCCAGUGUUAGGCCACAUUUCAAAGUCAUCUGCAUCUAAAUCUGCAAUCCAAAAGCAUAUGUCAGAGGUAAUGCGUCCGCAGCAAAGAUCGAUCUCUCGACAAGUACUCCCAAGAGUGUCUCCAGCAGUAGCUCCAAGCACCGUCUACCACCAGGUUCUCCUUAUUCGGAGUUGUCCAACGGAGAUCAUGGGCAAGGCAACUUCAGCAAAUUAAAAUUCAUCGAAAAUGUAUGACAACAGAUGCAAGCAGUCGAUCAAUAUAUAACAUAACCACCAGCUCGGAACAUCAUGAAGGAUAUUUGAUGUAAUUGUAAUGAAAUAAUGAAUAUUGUACAACAUUAAAUGUUUCGAAAAUCAA